CUACGAAAUAACAUAGUCCGCCUUAUUGUCUUACUUUUUUUUACUUUCACUUUCACCAAAACAAUAUCAAAAUUUCAAAUUCUUUGAACUGAUGAACGCUACUUUGAAAAACGGAAAUUGUAUACCCUUUGUUGGAUUAGGGACAUAUAAAAUCAGAGGAAAAGAAGAUGUUUACAGGACACUGAAAGUAGCAUUACAAGCAGGAUACAGAUUAAUAGACACAGCUGCAGUUUACAGAAAUGAAACAGAGAUUGGUCAGAGCCUUGAUGAACUGUUACCAGUAAAUCAGCUGAAGAGAUCAGACAUUUUUAUCACCAGCAAACUUGGGCCCAAGGACCAGGGAGAGGGGAACUGUUAUUCUGCCUGUCUGAAAUCUCUGUCUAACCUUGGCUGUCAGUAUCUUGACCUUUACCUCAUUCACUGGCCAGGAACCCAGGGGAAGAAGCCAGAUGACCCUGGUCAGUAUGAGCUACGCCUGGGCAGCUGGAGGGAUCUGAUCAAGUUACAAAGGGAGGGUAAAUUGAAAAACAUUGGAAUUUCCAAUUUCCUCAAGCAUCACAUACAAGAACUCUAUGACAAAACAGGGGUCUACCCAGAUGUUCUUCAGACAGAGCACCAUCCACAUCUGGUUCAGACUGAUUUGAUCCAGUUCUGUAAGGAGACCGGUAUCUUCUACCAGGCUUACUCCUCAUUAGGAACAACCACACAGGACAACCAGAUUUUAACAGACCCAGUUGUCUUGGAAGUGAGUAGAAAACUUCAGAAGAGUGUGUCUCAGAUAUUACUGAGGUGGGCAGUCCAAGAAGGAAUUGGUGUACUUCCAAAGUCGUGUAACCCAAAGCAUAUUCAGGAAAAUAUAGACAUUUUUUCUUUUCAAAUUCCAGAGGAAGAUAUGAAAUUGUUAAAUUCACUGAAUAGAGAUAAACAUUAUUGUUGGAAUCCAAAAGAUAUUGUUUGAAUGAUUGCAUGAAUAAAAU